AUGGCAAGAGAUAAUGGAAGUAUGCAUCGAAAAGAGUACCUUGAUGAAGCUGACGAUAUCAUAAGUAGUGUCCAGAAUAUAACAAUGAAAUAUGGAGAACGUCGUUUGAUCUAUCGUCAAAUGUGCGAACCACAUUGUUUUGGGGAUGAAAUUUUCAAACAAUUCAAGAGAGCUUUCGAUAUUUCCUAUGGGGGAGCCCUGGAAUUUGGCAUUGAUAGUGUCUUUUUUGAUUUGUCCUAUCCAUUCGGACACAUCAUGACUGAUCGAGUUCCAUUUGAUCGAUGCCUCUAUGGAGUUCGUUUGAAAGAUUCAAAUGCUUCACAACAGGUGAGCAUCGGAGAAUCGUGCUAA